GCUGUCUAAAUAACUGUGUCCUUAAGAACGUGUGUAUUUUAAUAUUUGACAGAUGUCGCUUGAAGUCUUUUGCGCUCUAUGUGUUCAGAACUUAACUUGUGACUUUUCGCAUUCUUCUUCUUCCUGAUAAUUAGCAGCUACUAGCAUUUCAAAAUCAAACACAUUUUUCAUUUUUCUUAAAGUAUGCAAAUACGAACAUUAAACAAUUGAAACAUGGAAUAUAAUAAAAUAAGAAUUAUAAUCAUGUAAUUAGUGAAGUAAAUGUCGAAAUGUUUCACAUAAUUUUUCAUUUUAAAAUUUUCACUAGCACUUAAAUACUACGCCUUUUAAAUAACAAACUAUUAAAAUACAAAAAUUUCAUAACUUGUGAACUACCUACAAUUGUCACACAACGCCACUGGCGAAGUAAGCCAACACAAUACACACUCAAUCGCACCUUAAAUGAAAUAUACCAAUAAGUCUUUCAAAAUCAACCAAUCAAUUUCAGCUGCAGCCAUAGCAGAGCUCUGAUUGGCUGCUUGUGGAAUUAUGUAUGUUCCAAACAGUAUUUACAGUUCAAACAGCACAAUUCCCUUACCGUGCCGUUAGAAGGCAAUUGUUUUUGCAUUCGUUUCAGAGUGUUUGAACACGAAGGUUGAAAAAUAAGCGCAAAGAUGGACUUCUAAAACAAACAAAAAUAUAGUAAAAAUUGAUUUUGCAAAAUUUUACUAAAAAUAUAAAAAAAAACUUGUGUUAAGUGAAAAUAAAUCAUGGCGCGUUACGAUUCACAAAUAUGUCGGGAUUCACCAAAUUGUUACAAUAACGAGAAUAUAUAUUUUAACGAUCUGCGGCUUAAUGAUGUUUCAAUUAUUGAACAACAAUGGAGUGCUUCAUAUUGCUCUGAUUCAAGUAAUAAUCCAGGCUGCUAUAUAACAAACGCUUGUUCGGGAGCAAAUUUAAGUUCCAACUCAUUUUAUCGGUCGCCACAAUGUUGUUCUGAAUCAUCACCCAAAUUUGAUGAAACGGGAAAAGACUUUCAUGAGAUUUUACUCACACCCACUUCAACGAAAGAAGUAGCUGCUGUGCCUGCUGUGCGUAUAAUUAAGAAAAGAAAUACGGCCAACAAGAAAGAGCGAAGAAGAACACAAAGUAUCAAUAAUGCUUUUACAUGUUUACGAGAAAAAAUUCCCAAUGUACCAUCAGAUACGAAAUUAUCCAAGAUUAAAACGCUAAAAUUAGCUAUACUUUACAUUAAGUACCUGGUUGAAGUGUUGGAUGGAGAUCAGGAUCCGAAAACAGGAUUUAGCGCUGAUUUAAGGCCACUACACAGAAAAAGUUCCAAUGACAAGAGAUCUUACUUAAAACAUGAUUUAAAGAAUAUGCAACGCUCAAAUAAAGGACGCACUGGUUGGCCUCAAGAUGUAUGGGCUUCCGAAUUAAUUCCUGAUCAAGAGUGAAUGAACGUUUUGUGAUUUCAACCGAACCAUUUUAUUGCUUGAAAUGCUGUUUGGUGUAAUUUUGUUUAAUUAGAAUAUGUGUAACUUAAAUCAUAAUGUAUUUAUUUUAUAUAAAUUUGGUUAUUUUAUUAUGAAUCGUAACCCAAAAAACAGUUAAAAAUAAAAAAUAUGCAUAAAUUAAAAUAAUAUGCUUUUUCCAU